AUGAUCUAUCGUGGAAGAAACGUUAGUCAAUUUUCAUCGUCGCCGAGGAGAGUUUAUGGUCGAGGACUAGUUAAUUCCAUUAUAAGUUCUUUACCAUUUGAGCUACAUUUACCCGGUUAUCAAUUUUGUGGUCCUGGUACUGAUUUAAACAAGCGAUUGGCGAGAGGUGAUCAAGGAAUUAAUAAGUUAGAUAGUGCAUGUAAAAGUCAUGAUAUUGCAUACAAUAAAUUUAAGAAUUUAAGUGAUCGUCAUAAAGCUGAUUUAUUAUUAGCAGAUAAAGCGUGGAGUCGUGUUAAAUCAACGGAUGCUACAUUAGGUGAAAAAGCUUUCGCUUGGGCCGUUACAAACGCAAUGAAAGCAAAAGUUAAAAUGGGAAUGGGUAUGAAGAUCAAGAAGAAGAAGAAGAACAAACAGGGAAAGAAAAAAAAGACAAAAAUACCGUUUCGAGCAGCUGUGAAAAGUGCACGAGAUGCUUUAAAAAAAACAAAAACUACCAACAUCAAUGAUGCAAUUAAAGUUGCUAUUACUGCUGCUAAAAAAGUAAUUAAACGAAAAAAUGUACGAACACCGCGAAUCAUUCCAAUUCCAAAAGUUGGCGGUGCACUCCCAUUUUUACUACCCUUAUUUGCUGGUCUAUCGGCUAUUGGUUCACUAGCCGGUGGUACAGCUGGUGUGGCUAAAGCAAUAACUGAUGCUAGUAAUGCUAAAAAACAACUUGCUGAAAAACAACGUCAUAACAAGACAAUGGAGGAGAUUGCUUUGAAGAAUGGUAAUGGAUUAUUUUUGCGACCAUACAAAACUGGCCUUGGUUUAUACAUGAAUCCCAGUCCAAAAAACUUAAAAUGA